UUAGCAAUAAUACGUGCACAUUUAGGGGACUUUUGUUCAGGCGUAAAUUUAUUAACAUACCACUAUUAUGAACAUUACAAUCUGCAGCCAAAUUUGAUACCUUGCAAUAGCUUUGGUUUUAUGUCAACAGCGUGUUAGAAUACAAUCAUUUCUAUCCUAAUAUUUGCUUUUGUUGGCGUUGAAUAGCGUACGGGGUUUCAGUCUGGUGAGACGUGAUGUCAACAGGCUAGCGCAGUAUUUCAGCAAAGGAAACUAGCUCGGAGAAGUUCCUGACAGGAAAUAUGGUAUACCACAACAAACUGCCGUAAGCAGAAAACGGGGGGGAAAGGCAGCACGGUUUGGGCCAUAAACUAUCCGAAUCGAAGGUUUUUGACCUGUGUUCAAUUCGUCACUUUACGUCGGAUGUUAGUGAUACCAGGUACCAUUUAGAACUGCUGGGGAUUUGGUUGGUGGAUUUACCUGAACAAAUAUAAGCCAGAUGUAAGCCAGUUACAAAGCACUUGAAAACGGGGAUAUCAUACUCUGUUCCUAAAGAUAUUGUUUGUUGUACGGUAAGGCCUUUCAUAAGCUGCAAUUAACGACAUUCAUACGGAAAAUGCGGUAAGAAAUGCUUUGAGGAAAAUUCCCGAGCUUUUGAGGAUUCAUAUCCAUAGUGAUAUCGGAUGAACCAAUAAAGAAGACAUGAACGAAAGGAGCAUAUUAAGAUAAUGAGACUCAGGAGACUAAUAGGGACAGCUUUCACUUGGUAACUACGCAAUGAUGUGCUGUUCAUCAUAACAAAGCAAGACAGACAACGGUGUGGUCGGUGCCAUGGCAAGAUUCGCAGCCAGAAAUGACGGACCGGCACCCGUUUCCAAACCAAAACAAUCACCCAGAAAGACACAGCGGUAUGAAGUUUUGCUGGGUUGGAACGCACAGGAGGCUGGGGACGAUACAGGUAUCGAAGCUUGGAUGAGAAGAAAAAACAAGUACAAAGAUGAAGACGGACACGAAUCCCCCACAAGAAAAGCCCCACCUGUUAAGUUAGCUUGGGAAAAGUACACUUGUGUUCCAGUCAAUAAAUGUCAAGCGAUCGACAAUCAUGAAAAGUUCAAGGAAAAUAGUUUGUUUGAGCAGACGAGUGAGGUUAACUUUAGCGUUAAAUCGAUGGAUGACAUUGACAAAACUAUUAUACAGUAUUUACGCCAAAAGGACGCAAAACUCAAAGAAAUGCAAAACCCAGAUCCGCCCGCCGAGAACAUGGUGCAAUACUCCAUAUCAUCUGAUGAACAAGGGAACGUCAAAGAUGGGGUCUUUUUACCUGGUGAAAUGGACAAAAAGGAACAUUCUACAGAAGAUGGUGUCAAUCGUGCCAAACGUUUAAUUCAAUUUGUCCAGAGUCGUGGCAAAUCUUUUGGGGACCAGUCUCGUGAUGAUAGUCUUAUCCCUCAAUUAAUAUUAAAUGGAGAUGUCCCUGAAAAACACGUGUUUAGGAACGCGUCUCUUAGUGCAAAAUCGUCCAGCACUACAACGACAACAUCUAGUGACCAGUCAGUAUCUAUCUCAGACUCGCUUUCUCCACCGAGAUAUCCGAAUGGUAGAACGAAACAUUUAAAUAUCAAAAGCGCCAGAGAAAUAGGCACUGGUAGAAUACAUCAAAUCCCAAAAAGGACAGCAAAGAGUGCAAAGUCUUUCGAGGGCUAUAGUUAUUCUAGAAUGCUCGCUACGCUUGCUAAUAAACCUGCUAAGUUGUCCUACACACACGGACAGUUAAAAAGCCCCCGUGAGUUGUCGCCCAGUAUGACGAGCGGUGACGACGACUCGGGCCAACAAACGCCAGAUACUCUGGACUCAAAUAGAGCGGCCCCGCCAUCAAUUUCAGCAGAGUCGUCUUCAGAAGCGUUUAUGACUGCUUUGAACGAAAUGAAGAACGAGUCGCCAUCUCACACGACUAAUACCAUGACCACUACUGAAAAACUAAAGCAGUGGCACGAAACAUUUGACAAGCCAGAUUCAUUAAAAGUCAGGCUGCCAGUGCCUACCAAGAGUAGAGAAGAAAUGGUGCUAUUAAAAGUCAGUUUAAAAGAAUACCAAGGCAGCUUAAAAAGAAAUAGACAAAGCGUUGAAAACGGAAAGGGAACAUUAUCCUCUGAAAAGAAAUCUACCUCCGAACCCCUGUCCCAUAAAAAGAAUGGUAAAACCACUAUUGCCCAACAAAAAGUCAAAGUCACACAGGGCCCUACAAAGUCAACCUCCCCCAUCCCAAUACCGCAAGCAUCAUCUGGUUCACCCAGUAGCAGUGCCAACUCCCCCGUUGCUGGGGUUAGGGAGAAGAGCUUUUUUCCCAUAGGAGAGUUAUUACCGGCGGUUGAUAGUAGUUACCAAAACAGCAUGCCAGUCAGAGGGAGUAAACUUGCUAGUCAUCUCUACAGGGAUGGUUUGGGUGGAGGUCCAAGACAAGACAGUGUCAUGAUUGGAGAAGAGAGCACUGUUAUUGUAAGAGAAGGGAUAGACAUGAUUCGAAUACGGGACUCAGACAAGCGACACGGGCCCCCAGCAUUUAGACCACAGUUCCAAAAGACCCCGCUGCAGAGAGCUAGGGACAUAACACAAAAGAGAAUAUACACCCAGUUGGGUAAAUUAUACGGCCAGGAAACUGACGAUACCUCUUUGAAGAAAAAGCCAGCUGGCGGGAACGAGGUCCCCAAGACGGCCCCGCCACACACCAGCAGGCCAUGGCGGGCGCCAGAAGCUCCAACUAGCCCCAAUUCAAAAACUGGAAGAAGCUCGGCGGGAGCAUCUCGUCUGCACGAAUCUAAUCAAGAUGACGUCACGCAGUUUGCUAAAUCUCAGUAUUCACUCGGAGUGAGAAGCGGCACAGCCGCUCCAGACAUGAGGGAGAAAGGGAAUUCCAUUGUCGUGGAAAGAUAGCAGUUUGAAACCGCUGACUUUUUGCUCAACAAAAAAGAGUGAAUGUGGUGUACAAAAAAAGGUCGUUCUCAAAUCAUCUGCAUUGUUUGAAAUUUCAUUACACUGACCUUUAUUGAAGACGAAUCACUAUUGGCAAUUAAAAAAAAAACUCGAAAAGCAAUUAAGUGCUACGUGUCGAGAAAGGCUGAAACUGUGCUAUUUUCAGUCGAAUGAUAUAGCAAUGAAUAGCAGUGAAUACGUUUCGUGUUCUAGUCUAUUAGAAGCAAUUAUUGAUUAUUUUGUGUCGUCGGCGUACAGUAUCUCCACUAGUCUUCGGCAACAAUUAAAACUACUGUCUCAACACUGUGCAAAUUUUACAGCUAUCUGAGAAGUCAUAAUGAAACUAGUUAAAUAUUUUGGUUUAUUGUUGGGCUACAUAAAGCAAAUAAAAGG